AGAGAGGUAUUACUUUUGCAGCUGUUCCAAAAAGCCUUAACUGGUUUGCUGACUCUGUCUUUGCAUUGUGCACAGGAAGCAGGUGAUGUCCACUAAGGCAGAUGCAGAGCGAGAUGGAGUUAAAGUACCAACGACGCUAGCUGAGUACUGCAUCCAGACCAAAGUGCCUUCCCACGACAGUAGCUCUGACCUGCUCUAUGACGAUCUAUAUGACGAUGACAUAGAGGAGGAGGAGGAUGACGAAGACGAGGCGGAGGCCAGUGGGAUUGGCAAUGAAAUGGCCGGGGACUGUUUUGGCGAUGAAGACGACUCUGGCAACGAGGAAUCUUGACCUCCUUCCACCGUUUCCGUGACACUGACCUUUGCCCUCUCACUAUUCUUUACUCUGAGAGCCUCAUGUUUCAAAUUCUCUUUUCCUGUGCUUAAAGCUUUCGUUUUUCACUCUGUUCCAAAAAACUCACUAACUUACUUAAGAUCUCUGUCCUUUUCAGCACCUCCCCGUUCAUAAGUAAAGUUCAGUAUAGGUUCACAAAACCAGUCAUUUUUAGUAACGUUUCACAUCCCACCUUCUCCUGCCUCUUAACCUCAGGGCUUUUGGAUAAUCAGAGCUUGUCAGGCCACCUUAAACAUGCACAUCUCAAAAUGUUUUGUUAAUUGCAACCCUUUUUUGAAUGCUAGUUCCCUCAGAAAAUACAAAUCUGUUGUGAUUUA